CCUAAGACCGCACGUGUAUCGCAACAACUUGUUCACACAUACACACACACACACACACACACUCUCUCUCUCUCGCACACACGUUCACGUUUUCUCCGAGUUCUUUCGUGUGGCGGAGAGACUCGGUCGGAGUGAGAUAGGACGUGGGAAUCAAGUCCGACAGGGACUCAAAUCCGAACUGCGGGACUCCAGGAAGGAUAUGUGUCGGUGGUGCGAUGUGAACGAGUGCGAAGGACGCGAUCAGUAGACAAAGCGACAAGCGUCGUCCGUGGGGUUCGUGGCGGCAGAGAAAAAAGGGGGUGAAGAACGAGGGUGAGAGAGAUCCGAGGGUGUUGCGGUGAUCCAGCGCGGAAGUAUCGGCCGCCCUUGCACGAUGAUUGCGCGGAGGUGCUUCCUCGCGCCGACGGUCCGAGCUACGGUGCUCGUCGUCGUUCUGACGUUGUUGUUGUCGAGCGAAUUUAACGGGAGCGCGGCCGAACGAUGGUCGCGUCAGGUAUCCAACAGCGAGUGGAUCCCGCUGGCUAAUCCGCGGGCCGCGUCCGCCGUGUCUCAUCUGUCGCAGAGCAACACGGCGAGCGACGGAGGUCAUCUAGCCGGCGGCACGCACUUGCCGAAUCCGAUCGAAUCGCUCGCGUUGCCGCCCGCUCUUCAGCAGCAAUAUCAGGAACAGUUGAUUCAGCUGCAGAAGACGCAGGAACACAUUCAGAAGCUUCUACUGCUGCAGCAGCAACUGCGAGCUCAGCAGCAGCUUCUUCAGUCUCAGACGUUGACGCCCAGCGGUUUCAGCAACGCCGAGAACGAGAAACAGGCUUCGCCGAGCUCGUUGGGUAAUUUGCGAACGCCGCCCGAAUUAUUAGAGCCGGAAGCUCUGAUUCCGCCCCAGCCGUCCUCGGACGCGCUCCCACCGGUUUAUCCUCCGCAGAACUUCCUGCAUACACAUAGACCAGGACAGAACAUUCAUCAGCAUCAGAACGCGCACGUUAAUCAGGAACUGACGAAUUUGCCGAUUCACGGUCAGAUUGUGCUGCAGCAACACGGCCAGAACGGCGAGAUCGCUGAGAACGUCUACGUAACGAAGCAGCAGCAGGGAGGUCAUAGGCCCGACGAGAAACGUCCCAAGAGCCAUCCGCACGCGCCUCCGAUCGAAGCCGAGGAGGAGGAGGAGGAGGAGGUUCAACUGGUAUACGUCCCGGCGGAAACAUUGGCGCAGAGAGGUCAAUCGAAGAGAGGUCGCGGAAGAAAGCAAUAUCCUGGUCGCCAGCAGCAUCGGGAGAAUCAAGAAAAUAUCGAGCAAACCUCGCUCUCGACGCCCGAGCAGGAGGCCUUUACGCGUCAAGUGCUGCAACAGAUUCAGAAGGAGCACGAGGAGAAGGCGCACUUCUUGAAGGAGGAGCGCAUGAAGGAAUUCGUCCGAUUAAACGAGGAACAGAAGGCGCUCGAACGAAAGGCGCGGUUGCAGCAGGAAGCUCUGCAAAGGGAGCAGGAAUUGUUACGACAAAAGGAGGCGGAGAAGAAGCGGAAGGAGCUGGAGCGGAUCGAGGAGAUGGCGAAGCAGCGGGAACUUGAACGAAUUCGCGAGACGCGGGAGAAACAGAGACUGGAGGAACUCGAGCGACGACGACUCGCUGAGCUUCGCGCCAAAGAGGAGAAACGUCGGGAAGAGGAGGCGGCUCGACAGCUCGAAGACAGAAGACAGAAGAUAGAACAGCAAAGGCUUCUCGAGAGCCAACAACAACAACAAGAGGAUCGAUUGCGAGCCGGCAGUGGUCCCGGUUUGCUCCAUCAGAACUCUCAGUCUCAGACUCUGCUACGCGAACAAGCGCGUCGUCCCGCUCAUCUCGCGGACGGCAACAGAACGAAAAAGAUUCGCGGCAGGCCACGUCAACGCGUCAGCCAGUAUCAAGAACAAUCCAACUUCCGCGAGCCCACAACCACACCGUCGCCCAAUCAACCACCUCUAUCCGUUUACAUGGGCGGUUCCGCUUCCAGAUUGGAUUCCGUCAAAGUCACGGACGUUCUGAGAAUCCUGAGAGACGCGAAGACCAUCGCCGUUCUGGACAACGUCGGACCUAACGCGCCGCAAGUCUUCGUGGGACCUUCGAAUCUGGAUCCUCCCUACGGAUACGCGAAGUUCGAUCUUCCCUAUUUGUCGUCGAUCGAUCACAACAGAGUGGAGCGCAAAGUCGACAAGCUUCCCUUCUUCGUGGCGCCGCUCAGUUUCGAUCCGCCACCCGGUUAUUCGAAAAUUCCUUUCCCCGCGCCGCAUAUCGGUUCCGUCGUCGUUAACACGCUCUCCGAUUCGACCCCGGAACCGGACACACCCGCCCAAAAUCCCAAUCCCGCGCCGCUGAUCGAGCCGAACUCGUACAGCGACGCCGAUCAAAGCGGAUCCAUCGCGGCAAGCACCGCGUCUUACGACUCUCCGAGCACUUCUUCUCCAAACUUCGCCCCGGCGGAAUCCGGCAAAUCCAAAUAUCACGAGCCCGCUUAUUCGGCCCCGUCCUCAGGCUCGAGAUUUCGAUUCAGACAGUACUACGACAACAAACCAACUUCGGUGAUCAGCACCUCGUAUUACGGCGAACAUUCGGCGAAUAAACCUAAACAGCACGAGCAAGAGAAACUGAUUCAUCAAUCACCCAAACACGACACAACAGUCAGCUACAGACAAGAAGUGUCCCAUUCCGGUUCAUCGAGUUUCCAAGAGAAGACGCACGAAUCUUCGCAGGAUCCGUCCACGAAGACGCAGGAUCUGGCCGCUCAAUUGGCGCUCAUCAAUCAGGAACUCUCUCAACAGAGAGAAGGUCAAAACGGCGAGCAGUACCAGUCCCAGGUUCAUCUCAGAGAAUCGUACGACGCCAAUGACGUGAGAAUGCCGCUCGGAUCGCGGUACAAUUUGCCGGCGGAGUUGCCGCCGAUAUCGCCGCAACUGCCGGGAUUGGUGAAUUCGUUGGUUGACAAACAGGAAGCAAACGAUCAUCCCGGCUCGUCGACGCCGACGACGACGACCGCGGCGCCGACGACGACGACGACCGCUCGUGUGAGUUCCACGACUUACAGACCGCGAGGAAGGAACCGAGUCGUGCCCACAAGACCGAGAACGACUCAGGCAUCCGGCAAAACGAGCGAGAAAACCCGACCGACAAGACCUACGUACAAUAGAUCCAAGUCCAGAUUUACGACCACCACGGAGGAUUAUCGCGAGACCUACGAGCCGACGAAGUCGAAAACGUCAGAGACCGUCACGCAGAAAUACAACACGGUGGAAACACAGAAGAGACCCACACCCAGAACGCAGAAGUACAGAAAUCGAGACAAAGCGAGUUCUCAGUCCGCGAACCAGAACGUUCAGACCUUCGAGAAUUAUCCGAUUCAGAGCGACUCGCAGAGCAACGCAGGGUCGCCGCCCGACGUCUCGCCGACAAGCGAACCCGCCGCCGCUUCCAAUCAAAAGGAAACCGGGGUGAGCGAUUACACCCGGGAGAAUUAUCCGCCGACCGCUCCCACGCAGACCGAGAACUAUCCGUUGUUGCGCGAGGUCACGGUUCAACACGGCACGCCCUUGAUUUCCGACGAUUACGCGGGAAGUCAGAAUUAUCCGUCGCAAAAUCGUCCCCAAGAAGCUCACUAUCAACAACAACAACAGAGCGGCGCGGCGACGUACGAGCAGAACGGCAGCUUCCAGGAGACGGGAUUGGAGAAGACGCCCGUGAACGGAUUCAAUUAUCAAGUUGCGAGCUCGCCAAUGGAUCCCCAGAGAGAAGGCGCCAAGGAUUAUUCGCGCUACCAGGAGAAACUCGAGGACGCUUACAACCUGGCGAGCACCGAGGAUCCGCGUUUACGUGCCGACGAGGAACAUCGAUAUUCUCCCAUUUACGAGGUCAAUGUGGCGCAAACUCAGCCGAAUUACAACGCCGGCGGGGAGAAUUUGUUCCGCAACGACGGCAAACUGGAAAACGAAGGAGCGAUAGAUGCGGAUCCGAACGCGACGCCGAUCUUCGUCCCGCUACAGCAGAGCAAGCAGGAAGAAUACGAACUGCAGAUUCCUUCCACGGAACAGCCGCUUAUCGAAAUCGCUACGACCAGCACGACCACUCAGGCGCCCGUAAUAAUACGACAGCGAGUUCGGGGUCGGCUCGGGGGUAGCAGUCGUCCUCAUCACGACUCCGCGAUUCAGACGCGACCCCGCGGAUCUCAGGACGAGUACGUUCGCUUCAGCGCCGUAAAUCACGAUCGCGUUACGCACAGAAAUCGUGACAAAACGAGAACGCGCGCCCGUCCGUCGCAAGGAGGAUCGUCGCAGGCCGAUAAUAAUAACAACGAGUACAUAAAGUUGCACGCGGCUCAGCAGCAAAAGCUGGUAGCCACAACCCUGUCGCCGCAGACGACGACAACGACCACAACGACCACGAGCGUUCCCGAAGAGGAUGUCGAUUACGGAUUCAUAAGACCGCCCAGUUUCAGCCCGGUGCAUCCGGUGCAACCGAUUCAUCCGGCCGAUCAAAGAUUCCAAGCGCCCAUCACGUAUCGACCUAAUCUGUCCGAGAUACAGCACAUAAUUCCCAACGACGAGACGGCGGUGGAAUCGAGUCCGACGCACAUUCUGAAGAAUCGUCCGAAGUACCAACAGAUCCCGAUUCGUCGUCCGACGACCACGAAAGUGUUCGCGACGACGACAACGAGCACGACGACAACGGAGGCCGUACCUGUUGCGACGACGAUACCGGACGAUGCCACCGUGUACGCGACGAAGACGACCGUAAGAACGGACGAGCAGAAGAGGUUGCGAGGAAGAACUCGCCGACCGGCAAAGAAACGCGUCACCACCACCACAACGGAAUCCGGUCUCGAUGCGAACAACGAACUGCCGCUGGACGAGAACUAUCCUCGAUUAACGUCGCAGCAACUGGCGGUGACGGGACAGCCGCCUCUUUACGACGAUUCCAAUUUCGAGGUCGCGCCGCAAGUCGCGCCGAAUCAGAAUCGACAGUCGCAGUUUUACGAAGAGAACGGCGAAAAUUAUCCACAGGAGUUUCUUCUGAACUUCGGCAAUCCGGAGCAGGUGUCGCAACAGGACGAAUAUGAUCAGACGCAGCUGGCCAGCGUGUCGUCGAAGAAAUACAGUCAAUCGACUCGCGGCGACUCAACCGGCGACAUUUACGGCGCGGAGAGCCAAUGGUCCACGAAGCUCUCGAAGACGUCGUUCCAGCCGAGCUUCGCCACAAAUCGAAUAGCCGACGAAUCGAAAAGAAACCGCGUCAGAAACAACAACGCGCAUGAAAACGCGCCCGAGAUUAUUACGGCCGGACCGGAAGUGCCAUCGGUGACGAUGGUUGUCUCUUCCGAUUAUCAGAAGCGCGUGUACACGGGCGACGUGAGCGCGAUGAUGGACACCACCGACUUCGGAAGGAAGACGAACGCGAGGGAUCACACGGAGAAAUUGAACGGCACGACGAGCAGCUCUUCGACGACAAUGCUUCGAGAUCGGGUUCAAAGUGAUAAGGAAUCUCUAGAAAUGCAAGAUUGGAUGUCGUACAAGAAUGAGAACUCGGCCGAGCCGACGGACGAUUUCGCGAAGGUGACGAGAAAAAUUGCUGAUCCUCUAAUCAGAAAGACCCGAAGACGGAGAGUCCGCGUGCGAGUGAGACCUGCUCCCACGGACGAUUUCGUCACCGCCGAGUCCCAACACUUCAAUUCCGCGGUUAACAGUCUGGUUCAAAACGAGUACAAGUACAAUCCGAUUCGCGAAUCGAAACCUAUCACCACCGCCGAGCCGAUCGCGACGAGCGUCACCGCUACGACUGUCACAGAGGCGAUACGGAAGUCGCUGCUGCAGGACUUUCUGGAGGAGAUGCUGAAGAACGACGAGGUCUCCAUUCCGACCCGCGUCACCGUCGGCACCACGGAACUGCCCGAUUGGACGAUGACGACGCCGAUGACAACGCCGUACGCUGAGAUCACGACCCUGAUAGAGAACCACACGUCGAUCGGCACGACGUUGGCACCGAACGUGGUCGCGGAACGCGUCACGACGACCGAUUCGCCCGACUUGAAGGAAGAUUCGCGAGAAGCGACGUCGUUCGAAUCGAGCGACGUGCGAAAGGAAACGAAAUCGGAGGAUUACUGGGACAAAAAUUCCCAAGAGAACAAAAGCGAGCAGAACAAUCUGGAAAACGUCGAAUUCAGCGAGAACUACAACCUGCCGUCGCAUUAUCCCGACGGGUCGGGAACUUCAAAGGAGAUCGAGGACACGAUCGCGGAAAUGACGGCGUUUCCGGUUGUGAAUCAGGAGAUACGAAAACUGAGCGUCGUCCAGAAGGAGAAGGAGCACAUAAUGACGCUGAGAAAGAAGCAGGAGGAGGUGAACGUCGAGGAGAACGAGGCUCAUCCGAAGAAUCACCGAACCAAGUGGAGCGAGGUGAGAUAUCCGUCCGUCUUCGACAAAACCGCGUCGAAAUUGCACUCGACGACGUCCGUUCCCGGUGUCGUCACGCAGAACGAGAAGGAAGACAGCGGCGUGAAGACGCUCUCUGAUUACGUGAAGGCCAUUUUCGACACUAUGAAGAGCGCCGAGAAGGAGGAGGAGGAAGAGGUCGCGAAGGUGGUGGAGACCAAGAAUGAAAAUCCUACUGCUAAUAACGACGUCGCACCGAUACGUAGAACAGACGCCGAGAAAGAAUUCGAGGGAAUCGAUCGUUGGAGAACCGACGCGACCGAACAUAUGCGGGACGCUUACGCGACGGAACGUGUCGAGGAAAAGACAACGAGCGCUUUCGAAGAAGAAGAUCCAAGUGUCACGGAAGAAGCGACGACGAAGGAGAGCGUCACGAGAUUCGAAACAACAACCGCACAAAUACCGGACACGACCACGAUCGCGCCGCUCGAAGAGACGACGCAGGAGUUUCCCACGACUACCACGACGACAACAUCGAUCAAACAAACCACCGAUGUUAAAACCAAUUCCACGGAAACGACGUUGGGCAAGAUUCUGAGAACCUCGACCACCACGAAGGUGUCGCACAUGACGGAGAUCUGCUACAGGGGACGGUGCGUGAUGACGAGACCCAGGGACGUAAUGAGGAGAUGAGGAACUUAACGGAGGAAUGACAUCGCGCGCGAUAUAUCCUUUUCCGUCCGGUUGCAAAGGAAACGCGGUAAACGAACAAUUUCUUUGGGAAGUAUAUUGUUUAAAUGAGAGACACACGUGUAGAGAGAAAAAAUUCUAUUAGAAAGAUUUGCGCGAUAAUUAAAAAAAUUUAUGAGAAAAAACUGCCGGACGG